CCAUCUAAUUAAAAUGGACUUUCAUAUUCAAUCUUACAAACUGAACCAACAUGUUUUUGUUUAAAUAUUGUAAAAGUGUUACUAUUUAUAGAAUGAUGGAGGAAAGAAUAGUGAUCAAGGCCAAGUUGAUCUUUGGCUUCCUGAUUGUAAUUUAUACAUCAAUAACUUGUCCUUUUGCUGCAGACACCGUGUCCGCAAACCAAACGGUUAGAUAUAAUGAAACCAUCAUUUCGGCACAAGAAUCCUUCGAACUUGGUUUCUUUCGCCCCGGUAAGUCUAUGAACUUUUAUGUUGGAAUUUGGUAUAAGAAUUUACCGAAUAAAACUGUUGUGUGGGUAGCUAACCGGAACACACCACUCACACAUACCUCCGGCGAGCUAACUCUCACCCUUCAGGGAGCUUUAGUUAUCCGGGAUGCCACCAAUGGUCAUGUAGUAUGGUCGUCAGCAAACUCAUCCACGACAUCAGUGAAAAAGCCGAUUGGUCAGCUUCUAGAUACAGGAAACUUUAUAAUUUACGAGGAAGGUGAAGGCAUCAGUCAAGAAGAUCCCAAAUGGCAAAGUUUCGACUUUAUGACAGACACUUUGCUUCCCGGAAUGAAGUUCGGCUGGAAUUUGAUUAAGGGGAUUGACAGACACUUCACAUCAUGCAAAUCUGUAGAUGAUCCUGCUGCGGGUAAUUUUACUUCCAGGAUUGAUAUCAGUGGUUACCCUGAGGUGAUCCUAAGGGAUGGCCAGGAAAUAUUAUUCCGCUCAGGUCCAUGGAACGGACUCAGUUUUAGCGGAACUCCUAAUUUAAAACCAAACCAGUAUUUCAACUUCACCUUUGUUCUUAAUGAGAAAGAAAUUUACUACCAAUAUAAUCUUAUACAAACUUCAGUUAUAACGAGGCUGGUAUUAUCACCAAGUGGUCGUCCAGAGCGCUUGCUAUGGAGUGAAAGCAAGCAAGAAUGGAGUUUUUAUGACGCACCAGAAACGGAUGCUUGUGAUCAGUACGCGUUGUGUGGACCAUUUGGGAGCUGCAACAUUCAAAACUCCCCGGCUUGUUCGUGUUUGAAGGGGUUUGAACCCCGAUCUCCUCAUCAGUGGAGGAAUAUAGAUUGGUCACAAGGGUGCCGACACAGUAUCCCUUUGGAUUGUGACCCUGCAGAGGGGUUCAAUAAAUAUUCAAAUUUGAAGUUACCGGACACUCGGGAGUCAUGGUAUAACCAAACCAUGACCCUUGUAGAAUGUGAGAAGAUGUGUAAAAGCAAUUGUUCUUGUACUGCUUACACAAACACGAAUAUAUCAGGGACUGGGAGUGGUUGCUUGUUAUGGUUUGGUCCCUUAAUGGAUAUCAAAACUUAUGCUGAAAAUGGGGACACCCUUUAUAUACGAGUGUCAGCUUCUGAGUUAGAUUCAAUAGAAAACAGAAGAAGCUCAAAUGCUGGGAGAAGAAUACGAGUUAUUGUCCCCGUAUCAUUUGUAGUUUUGGCCAUACUAGUUUCAUUAUGCUUAUUUUACCGUUUUUAUAUGAAGAAGCAACAACACCAAGGGACACCCGAACACGAACAGGAAAAUGAUCCUGAAAAUAAAAGUGAUGAUGAAGAUCUAGAGCUUCCACUAUUGGGCUUGUCUACAUUAGUUACAGCUACAAACAACUUUUCAGUGGACAACAAACUUGGAGAGGGCGGUUUUGGACCCGUAUACAAGGGUGUACUUGAAGAUGGGCAGGAAAUAGCGGUGAAGCGGCUAGCACAAACAUCCACUCAAGGACUUCAUGAGUUCAAGAAUGAAGUCAUCUCGAUAUCUAAACUACAACAUCGCAAUCUUGUUAAACUCUUGGGUUGCUGCAUCGAGAGAGCUGAAAAGAUGUUGAUUUAUGAAUACAUGCCAAACAAAGGCCUCGAUUCCUUCAUAUUCGAUAGAUCUCAAAGCAAACUCCUUGACUGGCCUACACGUUACCACAUUAUCAUUGGAAUUGCUCGUGGACUUCUUUAUCUUCACCAGGAUUCUCGCCUCAGAAUCAUACAUAGAGAUCUCAAAGUCAGCAAUAUUUUGCUUGACAAAGACAUGAACCCGAAGAUAUCAGAUUUUGGCAUGGCUAGAAGUUUUGGAGGAAAUCAGAUAGAGGCAAACACAAAUAGAGUGGUUGGAACAUAUGGCUACAUGGCACCAGAGUAUGCUGGCGAUGGUACCUUUUCAAUAAAAACAGAUGUAUAUAGCUUUGGCGUACUUGUGCUGGAAAUUGUGUGUGGGGAGAAAAACAGAGGGUUCACCCACAAAGAACAUGGCCACAACCUUAUUGGACAUGCAUGGGGACUCCAUAAGGAAGGCACAUCCUUGGAAUUAGUUGCUAAGUGUCUAGGUGAAUCAAUUGAUGCGCCUCAAGUACUACGAUCAAUCCAUGUUGGUUUGUUAUGUGUUCAACGUCACCCGGAAGAUAGACCCACCAUGACUUCUGUUAUCCACAUGUUGGGGAGUGAAGGUUCAUUGCCUUCUCCUAAAGAACCUGGAUUUUACUUUGGAGAAUCCACGCAAGGAUUUUAUGAGGGCUCAUAUGAAGCAAGUUCUACAAACGAACUAAGUAUUACAACGUUGAAUGGUAGAUAAAAUGAAAGUUGCAUGUAUUAAGAAAAACAACUUCUAGCUAUAAGCUUAUUAAUCA